AGUUUCUAGAGAGAAAUGCUUAUGUUUCACGGGCGUUGCUGCAUUCUCCGUGUUUCCAACGUUUAGAACUCGCAAGAAAUUAAAUAAUGAAGGUUUAUACGAGAGGAUCAGGUACCUGUGCUGCGGUGUAUUGUUGGAAUAAUUAUAAGAACUGUAAAUACGGUUUUUAUCGAUUUCCAGCUAACGUUACUAGGGCGAAGUUGUGGGCAAUUGCAACAGGUCGGGAGGACCUUUGCAGCACGACCGAUUCCUUGAAAUCCUUACACAAGACUCAUCGUAUAUGCUCGAGCCAUUUUAAGUCGUGCAUGGUGAUAGGAGGUAGUAGAAAACGUUUAGUGCAUCACGCAAUACCCACCAUAUUUCCCACGAAACCCAGCAAUUUCCAUCUUUCCGAUCACAACUACUACAGACCCGUCAGGGAAAUUAAUAUAGAUGAACUGUUGUGCCAAAUAAAUGAGAAAGAUAAUAACGACAUAGAUGAGAUAUUGAAAAUAAAUGAAGUCAACAAAUCUCCUGUUAUUAAGAAUGAAGAAGCCGAAACUGAUAUAACGAACGUUAAUUUAGAACAAGAAGCUAAAAUAAAAUUAGAACCCGAAGAACUGUUUUUAAACCAAGAAGAAAUUUUAAUCAAAGAUGAACCAUUUGAUGAACAUAUUGAUACCAUCAAAAAAGAAACAUUUAGUGAUAAUGAAGAAGUUGAUAAAAUGAAAAUUCAGAAGAAUGACAGUGACGUAAAAAAGUAUAAACAUUUAGAAGAAUCAUCGAUGGCCAAAAUAAAGGAAGAAUUAUUAUCGAACCAAGAAGAAAUCUCUAUAAAAGAUGAAUCACUGGAUGAACAUACAUUGCACAUAAAAGAUGAACCACUGGAUGAACAUACAUUGCACAUAAAAGAUGAACCACUGGAUGAACAUACAUUGCACAUAAAAGAUGAACCAACGGAUUCACCUGAAGAAGACGACUCCUAUUGCAUAAAUGCAAGAAUGCAAAAAUUAUCUUCUAAUUACAGGGUAAAACCACCAAUAGCACAAUGCGGAAUAUGCAACAGAAGGUCUGCACAUCUACGAUAUAAAAUUAACAAUCAUUUCCGACUGUUAUUCCAUGGAGAUUCCGAUUAA